AUGGAGUCACUCUAUGGGAGGUUCGCCGACAUAGAAAACCCAAAAGCGUGGACACCACCCUCGAUGCCAGGCGGCCACCGCGGAAGAUAUCUGUGGACAGAUGCUUUUGGCGUGAUCAACCUGAUCACAAUGCACAAAGAGAUCAGUAAAUGCGACAACCAUGCGAAUGAUGACAACCAAUAUUUGAUACUGGCAGAUCGUCUCAUUGAGACUGUCCAUGAUGUCCUAGGUAGGCAGCGAGAUGGCCUUUCGAGACUGCCAGGUGCAACCGAUGCGAAUCCUUUAGGUGGCGGCUUGAGAAUCGGCAAGACAGAUAAUUAUGGAUCAGAUGCCGAUGGACAAUACCACCACUACCUAACAGUGUGGAUGUUUGCUUUGAACCGUAUGGCGAUGGCAACAGGUGAUGUCAAAUACAAUCGUCACGCUGUGCAGUUGGCAAAAGCAAUUCACCCAAAGUUCUUCAUCGAUCGGGCAGCAGCUGAGCCAAGGAUGAUUUGGAAAAUGGAUAUCGAACUUUCAAAGCCAAUGGUGAAAUCCGAGGGUAAUCUGGAUCCAAUUGAUGGAUAUGUUGUCUUUCGGCUUUUGCAAUCCUCGGCGAUGGCAGCAGGCGAUGGCGAGGUCUUGAAAGAGGAGAUCGGGGAUUACAAGCGCACCAUGGAUCGCAAAGGAGAGCAUUUUGUCUCAAGUGAUACGCUGGAUUUGGGUAUGACACUGUGGACAGCACAUUGGUUCUCCAGGACAGAAGACUGGGCCGCCGAUUUGAUCAACAAAUGCUUCGAGCAAAUGUACAAUCUGUUUGAGACUAAUCAAUAUCUCGAGCGCAACAUCAAGUUCAGGCUGGCCUUUCGUGAAUUUGGUACAUGCAUGGGUAUACAAUGCGAGGCUGAGGUGAACACGGAAAAAGAUCGCUCAGUCGAUAUGAAAUGCUACUCCGAUGCCAUCAUCGCAGCGUGGGAUCCGUACAUGGAGCUGUCAAUAUCUGAGAAUCUGACUCCGGAAGACUUGAGACCCAUCACGCGAGUCAUGUAUGCGGCAGCGUUGAUACCUGGAGCAUUCAGAGCUGGCUACUUGGGCCAGGAACCCACACCGACACCUGAGGAAUGGGAAUAG